UUUGCAGAGACUGCUAAACUGGGGUCUGCUGGGACACACCACUCCCCACCCCCUGCCUCGGGCGCCCUCAGUCACCCGAGCUGGGGGCCCCGCAAAUCUCAGGCCAAGGCCCCGCGCCAUCCGCGCGGUCUGCAGCGCACCCAAACAUGGCCGCCAAACCCAGGUUCCCGGGGCGCAGCCGAGCCUCAGGGUGACGCAGCCGCGGCGGGUUGCAUCAGCCCGCGACCACGUGCAUGGUCCGCCCUCUGCCUCCCGGGUCCGGACGCCGAUUGGGCCACGUUAGGACAGUGUCUCCGCCUCAGCCAAUGGGCGGCAGCCACAGAGGGUUCUGUCCGCAGAGCCGGGCGCGGGAAGCCUAUAAAAGGCUCCCGAGACGGGGGCGCGCGCCCCAGAGACGCCAACAGUCGUUGCGGAGUUUGCGGGCGGCUGCGACGCCGCCUGCCUGGCACCUCGGAGCGCAGCUGAGCCCCGACACAGCCGCCGCCAUGGAGUCCGAGCCCGAUCCCGAGCCCGUCACGCUCCUGGUGAAGAGCCCCAACCAGCGCCACCGCGACUUGGAGCUGAGCGGCGACCGCAGCUGGAGCGUGGGCCACCUCAAGGCCCACCUGAGCCGUGUCUACCCCGAGCGUCCGCAUCCAGAGGACCAGAGGUUAAUUUAUUCUGGGAAGCUGUUGUUGGAUCACCAAUGUCUCAGGGACUUGCUUCCAAAGCAGGAAAAACGGCAUGUUUUGCAUCUGGUGUGCAAUGUGAAGAAUCCUUCAAAAAUGCCACAAAUCAGUGCCAAGGUGGCUGAAUCCACAGAGCAGCCCACUGGUUUUAAUCAGGGACAGUAUCCUGGGGAUUCCUCAAAUGAUGAUUUAAGGCAAAGGGAAGUUUUUCGGAACCUUUCUUCCCCUGGAUGGGAAAACAUCUCAAGGCCUGAAGCUGCCCAGCAGGCAUUCCAAGGUCUGGGUCCUGGUUUCUCCAGUUACACACCCUAUGGGUGGCUUCAGCUUUCCUGGUUCCAGCAGAUGUAUGCACGACAGUACUACAUGCAAUAUUUAGUGGCCACUGCUGCAUCAGGGGCUUUUGUUCCACCACCAAGUGCACAAGAGAUACCUGUGGUCUCUGCACCUGCUCCAGCCCCCAUUCACAACCAGUUUCCAGCUGAAAACCAGCCAGCCAAUCAGAAUGCUGCUCCUCAAGUGGUUGUUAAUCCUGGAGCCAAUCAAAAUUUGCAGAUGAAUGCACAAGGUGGCCCUAUUGUGGAAGAAGAUGAUGAGAUAAAUCGAGAUUGGUUGGAUUGGACCUAUUCGGCAGCUACAUUUUCUGUUUUUCUCAGUAUCCUCUACUUCUACUCCUCCCUGAGCAGAUUCCUCAUGGUCAUGGGGGCCACUGUCGUUAUGUACCUGCAUCACGUUGGGUGGUUUCCGUUUAGACCAAGGCCAGUUCAGAACUUCCCGAAUGAUGGUCCUCCUCCUGAUGAUGUAAAUCAGGACCCCAACAAUAACUUACAGGAAGGCACUGAUCCUGAGCCUGAAGACCCCAACCACCUCCCUCCAGACAGGGACAUACUAGGUGGCGAGCAGACCAGCCCCUCAUUCAUGAGCACAGCAUGGCUUGUCUUCAAGACUUUCUUUGCCUCUCUUCUUCCAGAAGGCCCCCCAGCCAUCGCAAACUGAUGGUGUUUGUGCUGUAGCUGCUGGAGGCUUUGACAGGAAUGGACUGGAUCACCUGACUCCAGCUAGAUUUCCUCUCCUGGAUAUGGCAGUGAUGAGUUCUUAAAAAAACAACAUGGAUGAUGAUAUGCUUUUGUGAUCAAGCAAAAGCAGAAACGUGAAGCCGCGAUACAAACUGAUGAACAAAAAAUGCCCAAGGCUUCUCAUGUCUUUAUUCUGAAGAGCUUUAAUAUAUACUGUAUGUAGUUUAAUAGGCACUGUAAGUAGAAGGCCUUAGGUGUCGCAUGUUUAUGCUUGAGGAACUUUUCCAGAUAUGUGUGUCUGCAUGUGUGUUUGUACAUAGACGUCAUAGAUGCAGAAAUGGUUCUGCUGGUACGAUUUGAUUCCUGUUGGAAUGUUUAAAUUACACUAAGUGUACUACUUUAUAUAAUCAAUGAAAUUGCUAGACAUGUUUUAGCAGGACUUUUCUAGGAAAGACUUAUGUAUAAUUGCUUUUUAAAAUGCAGUGCUUUAAAGUGAGGGGAACUUUGUGGAGGUGAAAACCUUUGCUGGGUUUUCUGUUCAAUAAAGUUUUACUCUGAAUGACCCUAGCAGA